AUGUCAGCCUCGUCUGAAACAACUGUCACUUCGGUGUCCUCGUUAGGCAACGAUGUGGCCGUAGAUCAUGAAAAAGAAGAAAGAAGAUAUGGAUGUCUGGGUGGAAAUCGCUAUAUCGUCUUGGUCAUCGCAUUGUUUUUCUUGUCGUUUAUGCUAUCCUCAAUCAUCUGCUAUAACGCCUCCUACGUCUCCAUGGUAAACCUUCACUCCUCUCCCUAUUGGGAUGACUUCAUUAAAUCCAACAAAUCAAUCGAUGAGAUCAACUGGAACGACCCUGAUCUCCCGUUAUCUCAAAGACGAUUCGCCUUUGACACAGCUCAAAAAAGUCUGGGCUUCGCAGCUGGAUUCCUUGGCGCCAUCGCCGCAGUCGUCCCAAUGUCUCGCCUAACCGCUCGUUUUGGAUGCCACAAAGUCAUGACACUUAGUGGAAUUUUUGGAACGGUUUUAGUGUUUAUUAGCCCGGUCGUGGUCUCCUGGAGUUUCCCGGUGUUUCUUGUGUUGCGUGUCCUUCAAGGGAUCACUUUGGCUAACUUGUUCACAACAGCUGGAGUUGUAGUAAACGAAUGGGCCGCUAUGAAUGAGAAAGGGUUGUUUAUCUCAGUACUUUCGGCUCAUGUGGAAAUGGGAGCAGUCUUCACUAUGCCAGUUUCAGGAGCUCUCGCUACUAGUGCCGGCUGGCCAUGGGUAUUCUAUCUUCACGGUGCUAUCCUUGGAGCUCUAACCAUUUUAUGGGCGGUCUACUACAGAGAUCGCGCUGUCAAGCAUCCAUUUGUUCAGCGGAAGGAAUGGCGGAAGAUUAGUUUUGGCAAGAGACUCAAUCAAGUUGGAAAGGGAGCUAAUGAUACCCCAAUCCGCAAAAUUGUCUCUUCCAUUGUCAUCUGGGGUGUGUGGAUUGCUGUGAUUGGUAAUUUUCUGGUAUCCCAAUUCUCUAUCUCAUAUGCACCCAUCUAUCUCCGUGGAGUCAUUGGAUGCACACCAACAGAGGCAGGACUUCUGACUCUAAUCCCAAUGGCUUGUUUGCUCGUCAUCAAAUUCAGCACCGGAUUCUUCUCAGACCGCAUAAAAUCUAUCUCAGAUCUCACUAAAAUGAAAAUGUUCAACUCUUGUGCUCUUCUCGGAUCCUCGAUUUUCUUUAUUAUUCUGGCAUGCUCAAGUCCUGGUAGAAACAAGGUUUUGGAUGUUAUCUUGUUGUCGAUUCCAAUGGCUCUCCUUGGCUUCUCAUCCGGUGGUUAUAGUAAAUGUGCAGUGAUGGUUUCCGGGCAAUAUUCUCCAUUUGUGAUGUCAAUUGUGCAGAUCAUCGCCUGCUCUUCACUAAUGGCUGGAUCCUUCCUGGUUCCUGCUCUGACUCCAACUGAUAGUUUUAGUGAAUGGCAGAGGGUUUUCAUGGUUUAUGGAGCUGUUUUGGCAAUUACCAAUACUAUUUUUAUAGUUUUCGCUAGAGCCGAACCUGCCAAAUGGGCACAACAAAAAGGGGACCUAACCCUAGCCGAGGCGGUUAUGGGUUGUGAGCAAAAACCAGUGGAGACAGUGUCAGAUCCUGAGUCUGGAUUACCAAGGGGCAUCUGA